AUGGACGAGGAGAAUUAUAGUUACCAAAUUCAAGAAAUUGAAGUUUUAAAAUCAAUUUAUGGAGAGGAUUUAUUUUCAGAACAGUUAAUUAAUGAUAAACAUCAAUCACAUGAUGUUGGCCAACAAGAAUGCAGCAAUGAUAGUGAUGAUAGUGAUGAUAGUGACGGAAGUGACGAGUUUAACUCAUUGUCAUUAGAAGAGCAACAUAUUAGUAAAAAAUCUUUCAAUAUUAAAAUUUCAAUUGAUAUUCCAAAAGACUUUCAAAUUAUUGUGAAAGAGGACCAAGAAAACAAAUACACACAAUCAAUUUUGUGUUUACCAAACAUUAAUUUAUUAUUUAGUUUCCCAAGUGAAUAUCCUUCAAAUAAACCACCAAAAUUAUUCAUUUCAUCUUGUUGGUUAAGCUUAGGAAAUAUGAAUUUAGUUUUGGAACAUUUAUAUUCAAUUUGGGAAAAGGAUGAACUUGUUAUUUUCAAAUAUGUAGAUUGGUUAAAAACAAAUUUAUUGCAAUUUUUACAAUUUGAAAAGGGUAUUGUUUUAGAUAAUGAGCCAGUUGAUUUUGAAUCAGCAUUAUGGAAAAAUGUUGGUUGGGAUCAUGACCCUUCCUGGGUAUCAUUGUUAUCAGCAUUACCAACCUUAAGAUCUUAUAAUUCACACGAAGGAAGAAGAUUAUUCUUAUUGAAUAGCCAAGUAUGUUCAAUUUGUGACUAUGAAGGUUGUGGUCAAGAGUUUACCUUGUUCAAUUGUCUUCAUCAUAUCUGUAAUGAUUGUGUUUCAAAUAUAGUUAAUAUUAAUAUAAAAUCAAAUGAUUUUUCAUCAGUCAAAUGCCCAGAACUUAAAUGUAAAGAAUCAUUUGAUUUAGAAGUAGUAGAGAAAUUCAUCGAAAAGAAAGAGGAUCUAAAGAGAUAUGAAGAUUAUUUAAAGCAAUCUAAAGGUUUGGUUAGAUGUUUACGAUGCGAAAGAGGUUGGAGUCACGUGGACCAUCUUACAAGAUCAACUUAUUGUACUUCAUGUUACUAUUCAUUUUGUAUUGUAUGUAGAGGUCCUUUCCAUCCUGGUGUAGCAUGUAAUUUUACAAAAAUUGAAGGUGCAGUUUUAUCAAAGUUUUAUAUUGGUCAAUUAAGAGUUUGUCUUUGUGGUGCAUUAAUUGAAAGAAUUUCUGGCUGUAAUAAGAUGACUUGUUCAGUAUGUAAUACCAAGUUUUGUUGGUUAUGCUCAAAAUCGAAUAUCGAUUAUGAUCAUUUCGGUAAGAAAUGUCAACUAUUCGAAAUUCCAGGUGAAAGAAAUAGGGGUGGCGGUGGAAACAGGGUUGGUAGAAAUAUAGGUGUGGUAGAUGCAUCAACAUCAUGUAGCAAGUGUAGACAAAUUGUAUAUAGACAUUCAAAUACCAAUUCAGUCUAUUGUCAUGGAUGUGAUGCACGUUAUUGUUUCUUGUGUAAAGUUCAAAUCAAAGGAACACGUCAUUUUAUUCAAACUUCAUGCACCCAGAACGGAAAGCCUGAUAGUUGGAAAGCUGAUAGAACCUAUAAAUUCUAUGGCGGAAAUGAAACAGCACCAGAGCCAAUAUAUAUCAACCAAGAUGUUAGACACCAACUGUUUAGAUAA